GAACCGCAGAAAGGAUUCUGUACUUCCGGUUGUUUCGCUGAGAGUCGAGCGUAUGCGAUGGGGGACUCUCCGGGAGCCGAGGUCGGACUGAGCGGCGCGGGGGGAAGUGAGCCGGUGACCCCGGAGCUUGGCCCAGCAUCGCUGACGGGAGAGCGGGAGGACCCUAAGCAGGGAUCCAUCUUAUUUCUUGGAGGCAAUGAAGUGAAGAGCAGUGCUGUGGUGAAAUAUUCGUCUGCUCCGCCACAACCUGCAUUUGCCCGUCUCCAAGAGAAGACUGACCUAAAACUGCCCCCUGCAAACUGGUUACGUGAAAGUGCCAAAUUGGGACCAGCAGGGGCAACUAUUCUUGGCAACAGCAAGAAAAGCAAGCCAUUUUCCAGCUUUGGAAUGGCGUAUGAUUUUAUUGACUCAAUUGGAAAUGAUGUGGAUGUUGUGUCUGAUUCUGAGAACAUUAAAAAGCUGCUUAAGAUUCCUUACAGCAAAUCACAUGUCAGUAUGGCUGUACAUCGGAUUGGGAGAACACUUUUGUUGGAUGACCUAGAUAUUCAAGAACUCUUUAUGAGAUCAUCACAGACUGGAGAUUGGACAUGGUUAAAAGAAUUCUAUCAGAGACUAAUAGAUCAGAAGUGGCAAAGAAAGAAGAAGAGCAAAGAACACUGGUACCAGAAAGCUAUACUUUCCAAAUUUCUGUAUUACAGCAUUAAUGGCGAUGAAGCUGCUCAUCCCGUUCCUAACCCUGAAGAACAGCAUGAAGAAGAGGCAGCUGAAGAUGAAGCUGGAAGGGUUUCUUGGCCAGCCCCCUUUGAAAUGCCCUCGUCGCUGUCUGAAGAUCCAAGUGCUUCUAAUCAGGGAAGUGUGCCUCUUGAGCCUUCAUAUGUAGUGGGGCAUGUGGCCUCAGCCCCCAAAGAACAAAACCUUACUUUGUUCAGUGCUGGGGAAAGCAGUCAGGGUCUUAAAAAUGACUUUGUUCGGAACAUCUUGUGGACAUUUGAAGAUAUUCACAUGUUGGUGGGAUCAAACAUGCCUAUAUUUGGAGGAGGAAGAUACCCUGCUGUGAGCUUGCGUCUCAGGGAUAACAAUAAGCCCAUUAAUGUGCUGACAGGCAUUGACUAUUGGCUGGACAACUUGAUCUGCAACGUGCCAGAACUUGUAAUGUGUUUCCAUGUCAAUGGAAUCGUCCAGAAAUAUGAAAUGAUUAAGACAGAAGAUAUACCCAAUUUGGAAAACUCUAAUUUCUCUACAAAAGUAAUAAAAGAUAUUGCUCAAAAUAUUUUAUCUUUUUUGAAGUCUAACUGCACCAAAGAAGGGCAUACGUAUUGGCUAUUCAAGGCCAGUGGAAGUGAUAUUGUAAAGCUGUAUGAUCUCACAACUCUCUGUGAAGAAACAGAAGAUAAAUACCAGAACCCUUUUACAAUGCCUGUAGCCAUUCUUCUAUAUAAAGUUGCUUGCAAUAUGAUGCUGAAAAAAAAUCAAAACAGGAAACAUUAUGGUACUAUCAGAACAUUACUCCUUAACUGUGUGAAGUUAUUGGACAAGGGUAGACAUCCGCAGAUUAUUGCUUCAGCAAAUUACAUGCUCUCGGAACUGUUCCAGCUGGACGAGCCUAAAAAAGACGAGGCUGGUGAGUUUCCCUUAAAUGGCAAUUCUGAUGAAAGCUACAGUGAAGAAGAAGAAGAAAUGCCCGACAGUGAUGAAAACGGAUCCUAUAGCACCAGCUCGGAUCCUCCUGAUGACAGCAAAGCAGUUGCCGUAAUCAAAUCUGUUGGAGAGUUGUCUGUACCUGAAAAAUACAAAUCUACUCAUCAAAUACGUCCUAGCUGUGCAUUUCCUGUUUGUCAUGACACUGAAGAACGAUGCAGACUAGUACUCAGCUAUGCUCUUGAGGGCUUAAAAUCAGUUGACAGAAGCAUCAAGAAGGAAAGUGAUCUUCCUGCAGCUGACCCCAGCACCCCUAUUCCAUUAAAGUAUGAGGAUGAAUCAACAAGUGUUGGUCCUGAAUGCCUUGAGAAACAAAUGGCUCUGUUUUUAGACAAAAUGGGGUUAUUUCGGGAAGUUAAACAUUCUAGUCAGUCAGGAAUGAUUCCAGGUUCCUGGCAGCACAAAAUGAAACUUCAACUGAUUUUGAAAUCGUCGAAAGCUUACUAUGUUCUCUCUGAUGCUGCUUUGAGUCUACAAAAAUAUGGGAGAGCAUUACGAUACAUUAAACUAGCUUUGCAGUGUCAUGAUACAUACUGCUGCCUCAGCACGAACAUGCUUUCUGAAGUACUCCUGUUUCUUUGCCAGUGUUUGAGUCUCUGUGGUGAUAUUCAACUAAUGCUGGCUCAGAAUGCAAACAACAGAGCUGCAUAUCUUGAAGAGUAUAACUAUCAGACAAAAGAAGAUCAGGAAAUACUGCAUAGUCUACAUAGGGAAUCCAGUUGUCAAGUAUUUUCCUGGGCGACUGAUUUGUCAACAGAUUUGGAAUGCCAACUUUCAAUUAGCUGCAAAUGUUAUGAAGCAGCUAACGAAACCUUGCUUUUUAGUAACUUAAAACAACACAAUCCAGAGCAAUAUAUACAAGUAAUGAAGAGAACUGGUAACGUUCGAAAUGAAAUUGGAGUAUUUUACAUGAACCAAGCUGCUGUUUUACAGACUGAGAGAGUAGAGAGCAGAACCGUAUCUUCAGCUGAACAGCAGCUGUGGAAGAAGAGCUUCUCUUGUUUCGAAAAGGGAAUUCAAAACUUUGAAUCCAUUGAUGACGCUACUAAUGCUGCUCUCCUCUUAUGUAACAUGGGAAGGUUGAUGCGGAUUUGUGCUCAUGCCCAUUGUGCUUCUGGGGGAGAUUUUAAAAGGGAGUUUUCUCCUGAGGAGGCCCUUUAUUACAACAAGGCUAUUGACUAUUAUCUGAAGGCCUUAAGAUCACUGGGAAAAAGAGAGGUCCAUUCAGCUGUCUGGGAUUCUGUCAACUGGGAACUGUCUACUACAUAUUUUACUAUGGCAACUCUGUUGCAAGACUAUGCUCCAUUAUCCAGAAAGGCUCAGGAACAGAUAGAAAAGGAAGUUAGUGAGUCAAUGAUGAAAUCUUUGAAAUACUCUCGCGAUAAUGUUCGUCGGUAUCUACUUACGACAACCAUUCCUUAUAUGCACCAGUACGGGAGACAUGCUACUAUUCUACAGGCGCUGGCAUCCAUGUAUCACAGCUGUUUGAGAAACCAGGUUGGUGAUGAACAUCAGCGAAAACAACACAGAAUACUAGUUGAUCUUCAUUAUGGUAAAGCUGUGAGGUUUUUCCAGCUCCUGAAGGAUGCUCCAUGUGAGCUGUUGCGUGUGCAGUUGGAAAGAAUAGCAUUUGCAGAAUUUCAAAUGGCAAGCCAGAACAGCAGUAGUGGAAAGUUGAAGACUUUACAUGGGGCCUUGGAUAUCAUGAUACAGACCCACUCUGUUUUUCAUUUCAUGAGAAAGGAACUGGUUGGGGAAUGUGAGCAGGGACUUGAAGAUGGCAAAAGCAAUGCUGAGAAAAUAUCAACCGAAAAUUCUUCUGUUAGCCUUAAUAAGGAAGAGGUAUCAAAGCUCCUUAGUAUAUUUGAGUCUCGAUUAUCUUUUCUCCUCCUCCAGUCCAUUAAGCUACUUACAUCAACAAAAAAGAAAAUGGGAGGUAACAUUGAAGAGGAAGACAUUCUCAAGGCCAAUAAGAACAUUUACUCACUUCUCCUGCGAUCAGUGGCUAACAAAAACCUGACUCUGCUAGAAAGAAUAGAAGUUAUUUUAAACUUACUGGAACAGUUAACCCAGGGCAGCGAAGGCUAAAAUUGGAGUAUUCACCGAUUUAAAACUGAACAUUGGCAUUUCACAGAAGUUGCUCUGGAAGUGAUCUAUAAUUCUGUUCUGUAAUCUGUUUUUUAUUUAUACUGCAUAUUUAAAUGGCACAACAGAAGUUUUUUAUAUUUAAAGUGAUAAACACUUGAUGAAGGUGCAAGAAAUGUACAGUUUUACCUAAAUUAUAGUGGAUUUAGUAUUGCAUAGAGUGGUUUUUGCUACAUUAAUUUGUUAAGACUCUUUUUGCUGUUUUUGUAAAUAUUUUGGUAAGCAAAAUCUCCAUGGUAGACAUCUCUACCAGUAAUAUUAAUGAAAACCAUCAAGCAAUUCUAUUUAUAUAUGCAAACUAUUGUAGCACCUACCAUAUUCCUAAAAAAUGUGCCUUCUCACUUCAGCGUAACAGUUAGUUCAGAAGCUACCCUAAAACAAAACAAUGGCUUCCUUUCUAUCGUACCACUGGUUUUUUUCAAGAACUGAAACUGUGAAUAAACAAAGUUGUAUUUUGAAGAAAUUUAUUAAAUUAUAUAUAUUCAC